AUGCGCAUAUGGGCCGCUUGGGAGAUGCCCAGUUGGUUGAGGGGAACAAAAAAGGUGACAUGGGUGGGAGUUGAGGCAAAAAUGCAUUUGCGCAGGAGUCUCUUGACGAUCGUGGGAACAGGUGCACAGUGGACGUGGAGGCGGGAGGGUGGCAUGGGUGUGGGGAGGAUCUUGACGAUCGUGGGAACAGGUGCACAGUGGACGUGGAGGCGGGAGGGUGGCAUGGGUGUGGGGAGGCCGAAGGACCGCAGCACAAAGCGAAAAGAACGGGUGUGGAUGGCGGUUGCUGUUGGAUCAGUGUGCAAGGAUGACGGGACGGGAUGA